AUGGCCUCCAUGGGGAUGCAGGUGCUGGGCAUCGCCCUCUCGGUGCUGGGCUGGCUGGGCACCAUCCUGUGCUGCGGGCUGCCCAUGUGGCGGGUGACGGCCUUCAUCGGCAACAACAUCGUGGUGGCCCAAAUCAUCUGGGAGGGGCUGUGGAUGAACUGCGUGGUCCAGAGCACCGGGCAGAUGCAGUGCAAGGUCUACGAGUCCAUGCUGGCCCUGCCGCAGGACAUGCAGGCCGCCCGGGCCAUGGUCAUCAUCGCCAUCCUGCUGGCGGUGGCGGGCCUCUUCUUCGCCAUCCUGGGGGGCAAGUGCACCAACUGCGUGGAGGACGAGGGCCCCAAGGCCCGGAUCGUGGUGGCGGCCGGCGCCGUCUUCAUCCUCUCCGGCCUCCUGCUCCUCAUCCCGCUGUGCUGGACGGCCAACAACAUCAUCCGCGACUUCUACAACCCCAUGAUCACCGAGAGCCAGAAGCGGGAGUUCGGUCCCUCGCUCUACAUCGGCUGGGCCUCCUGCGGGCUGCUGCUCCUCGGGGGAGGGCUGCUGUGCUGCAACUGCCCCCCCAGAAGCGAGAAGCCGUACUCGGCAAAAUACACGGCCACCCGCUCGGUUCCAGCCAGCAACUACGUCUGA